AUGGCUACAGUCGUUGAGACUGCUACUUCCCAGGGUCUGCCCUUGAACGGGGUUGACGUCAACAAGUUUCCAGACGGCUUGAAGACAUCUGGACAGCACCCCCCGUUUAUUCCAGAGUUCGACCACUAUCGCGAGAAUCCCGAGCUGUGGACGCACCGAUUCAGCGACGAUGAAAUUAAAGAGAUUGGCGAGGCUGCAGAUCAGUUUAUUCAGAAACAAGUGCCAUUGACUGGUAUCUCCAAGACCAAUUUCCCUCUUCCAACCCUUUCGCGCCGUCUGGAGGUUCUGCGCAAGGACUUGAUUGAUGGCAAAGGAUUUUAUCUUUUCAAAGGCAUUCCUGCCCGAGAGUGGAGUCUUCAAAAGUGUGCGACGGCGUACAUGGGUCUGGGCACUUACAUUGGAUACUUCGUGAGCCAAAAUGGCCGUGGACACGUUCUGGGCCACGUCAAGGAUCUGGGAGAAGAUCCAACCAAAACUGACCGAGUUCGCAUUUACCGCACCAAUGCUCGGCAAUACUUCCACACGGACGGAUCGGACAUCGUCGGACUUCUCUGUAUUGCUAAAUCUCUCUCUGGUGGUGAAUCAGACAUUGCAUCAACUCACAAUGUCUUCAAUGUGCUACAGGAAAGGCACCCGGAUGUCGUUCAAACACUCGUUGAGCCCAACUGGUACUUUGAUCGCAAGGGUGAGACUUCAGAGGGCGAAGAGCAGUGGAUUCGGGGCAGUAUCUUCUACCUCGAGAACGAGCGUAGCGAUAACCCCCGAGUAUACGCGAGAUUCGAUCCGAUGAAUGUGACUUCGCUGGCACGAUUCAACUCUGGACCGGACGCUCGCAUCCCUCCUCUAUCUGACAAGCAGAGAUAUGCAAUGGAGAUUUUCGAAAAGAUUUGUGCGGAGCUUUCUCUUCACAUGAUUCUAGAACUAGGCGACAUUCAGUUCGUCAGCAACUCCCAUGUUUUCCACGCACGGACUGCGUAUACCGACCAUCCCCCUGGUGCUGUAGAUGAGAAUGGCAACCCUGCCCGCCGCAGACACUUGAUGCGUCUUUGGCUUUCUGCACCUGAGUCGGACGGUGGCUGGAAGCUUCCAUAUCAUGAUUCAAUGGAGAAGAAGCGAGGAGGUAUCCAGGUCAAUGACCAACCACCCGUUUGUCCUCUGGAUGCGGAGUGA